AAGGGCGACAUACACUACGGCAACAACGGACGCAUAGCGGCGAAGUGGUUGCCGCCUACAUCCCGGAGCUCUCCUCAAAUCGUCCAACGGCCCAAUCUUAGAACCCACCUCCAGCACCUCCUCGACAACUCCCCCGACCUUGAAACUGUGGGCAUUGUACUGCGCCAUCUACUCUACUUCAGUACGUGCGUUCUGGAAUCCCACAACUCCUCCACCGUUCCUCUCAAACCCCUACGCCUCAGUCGCCGCUUGCCCAUAGCUUUUAUAGUACUCCGCAAGCAACCGACAUUCUUGGAACCUCCACACUCUACUCUGUGCAGGAUACCCAAACCCUGGGUUUUAGCCACCAUCCUGUCGGUAACUCGUCACCUUCCUUGUGCCGCCGUUCCAUGCCUCUCUCUCCGCUGCCCGGGUCUCAUGAUAGUCGUUGCCUUCUUUCUUCCAUAA